GGACAUUCGUGUGUUGAGCAUUCUUGUGUCGUACAUUACGUUGUUGUACAUUGAUGGCUCCUUGUGAAAAAAAAUAUCAGUAUUCAAAAGAAUUAGAAUGUCGGCAAAAAUAUUUGCGUUUAGACCGUCGUCUAAAAGACUUCGGUUCUCGCAAGUUGUCUAUAGAAACAAAUCAAGUUUAGGCCUUUGGCAAGAAAACAUUAACACCAAAAUCAAAUUGGACAUAGAAGAGUGUUGGGCCAAGGAAGUUUUGAGUACACCAAGUAAAGAGGCAAAUGAAUACCAUUAUGUUCUGCCAAUGUUUCCUUACCCAUCAGGCAAUUUGCACAUGGGUCAUGUUCGAGUGUACUCUAUAUCAGAUACAAUUGCUAGAAUCCAAAAACUUAGUGGUAAAAAUGUAAUACACCCAAUUGGGUGGGAUGCAUUUGGGCUGCCAGCUGAAAAUGCAGCCUUAGAGCGUAAAAUUCAACCUGACAAAUGGACUAAAGCAAAUAUUAACUCUAUGAAGGAGCAACUGCUUAAAUUGGGUUAUGAAUUUGAUUGGGACAGAGAGUUUUCUACUUGCGAUCCAAAGUAUUAUAAGUGGACACAAUUUAUUUUCCUUAAACUAUUUGAAAAACGUCUAGCAUAUCAGAGUAAGGCUGAGGUCAAUUGGGAUCCUGUAGAUAAAACAGUGUUAGCUGAUGAACAAGUAGACGAUCUUGGUUGCUCGUGGAGAUCAGGUGCCAAAGUUGAGAAGAAAAGACUCACCCAAUGGUUCAUUAAAACAACUAAAUUUGCUAAACAGUUGUAUUACGGACUCAAGAGUGAGAAUCUUGAAAAUUGGGGAGACAUUGUAAACCUACAACAACAUUGGAUAGGAGAAUGUAAUGGAAUUGUAGUUACAUUUUCAAUUAUAAUAAAUGAUACAGUUAAAUACUUUGAUGUGUGGACAUCACAACCAUACAAAUUUAUACAUGGAAAGUUUAUAACAAUGAGCAAAGGUAAUAUUAUUGUAGAAGAUCUGCCUGAUACAGCAAAUAACCUGGUUUGUUAUAAUCCAAUCAGUGAUAUGACUAUUCCUGUUUAUAUUACUGAUGAUGUACAAUAUCCAGAAGGACGAGAUAUUUACUUAGCUUCACCUCAAUGGGAUGAAAAUGAUUCAGACUUAUCAAGAAGAUUGGGUGUGCCAGUUAUUAAGGAUGCCAAUAAAAUAAAUGUAGAAGCUGAAAAUAUAAUAGCUACUGAAAUAGCGCACAAGAAAAAUGUUGGAGGUCAUGCUGUUAGUUCGAAGCUUAAAGAUUGGCUCAUAUCUAGGCAAAGAUAUUGGGGAACACCUAUACCAAUAAUACACUGUAGUAAUUGUGGAACUGUUCCUGUACCACAUGAAGAAUUGCCAGUUACAUUGCCUGAAAUAAAUUCAUUAACAUUGGGUAUACAAACUCUGGCACAAACAGAAGAAUGGAUUAAUUGUAAAUGUCCAAAGUGCAAGUCUGAUGCAAAAAGGGAAACUGAUACCAUGGACACAUUUGUUGAUUCCUCAUGGUAUUACUACAGGUUUUUGGAUCCUCAUAACGAAAAAAUGCCUUUUGACAAGGAUAAACUAGUUGGGAGAACUCCAGUCAACAUUUACAUUGGAGGAAAGGAACAUGCAGUUCUUCAUUUAUAUUAUGCUCGUUUUAUGAGCUACUUUUUGAACUCUUUGGGGUGGACACCAACUGAAGAACCAUUUAAAAAAUUAGUAGUACAGGGAAUGGUUAUGGGACAAUCUUACAAAGUUAAAUCAUCUGGAAAAUAUAUCCCUGCUGGCAAUGUAGAGAAAAUAGGUAAAAAUUACAAAGAAAAGGAAACAGGUGAACAAGUUUCUGUGCAGUGGGAGAAAAUGAGUAAAUCUAAACACAAUGGAGAGAAUCCUGAAAAAUUAUUGGCCACUUAUGGAUGUGACACUGUUAGAUUGCUUAUGCUUGCAGAUGUGCCUCCAGCUACAAGCAGGCAUUGGUCUGAUGCUACUCUACCAGGUGUGGUAAACUGGCAACAUCGCCUAUGGCUUACAAUGAGAGAGUUUUUAACACAUAGGAACGAUGAUUCAUUGCAAACAAAGAAACUUCCUACAGAGUUAUUAAAUAGAUAUGAACAAAAACUAUGGGAUUCUAAGAAUUACUUUAUUGCAACAGCAACAUACCAUUUUAAACAUACCCAUAAACUUAGUGUAGGCAUUUCAAGACUACAAGCAUUGACCAGUGCUUUAAGGAACAAAGUGCCACCAAAAAUAAUAGCUACAAGCACUGAAUUUGAGCAGGCUUUAGCGUAUCUCAUUAUAAUGCUAUCACCUGUGACACCACACUUCAGCUCGGAGCUAUGGGCAGGUUUCGUGUCUGCCCCUCACAGAAUAACGUCACAAUUUGAUUGGGAUAAAGGUGUACUUGAACAGUCUUGGCCUACUGUGGAUGAUAAUUUUAAGUUAUCAUUCCAAUGCAAAGUUGAUGGUGCAGACAGAUGUGAUCUUAAAAUAAAAUCUAUUGAGUUGGAAAGUCUGAAGGAAGAAGAUGCUCUCCAUAUGGUACUAAAAGAUAAAUCCGUCGCCAAAUGGGUAGCUACAGGCAUCGCACGAACUCAAUACAGCGUUUACCCUGGCUGCAGAGCUAUAUUACAAAUAUUUACUAACAGGCAUCUAAAAAAACCAAAAUCGCAACAGCUAGAAGACGCUGUUAAACAAACGUAA